AUGAGGAAACUGAAAUUAUCUUUGAUAGCGAAUGAGAGAUCAAGAAAAAAAACAUUCAUGAAGAGGAAGAAAGGGAUAACGAAGAAACUUCACGAGUUGACAACUCUUUGUGGUGUCCAAGCUUGUGGGGUCAUCUACAGUCCGUAUCAAUCGGUACCGGAGGUUUGGCCGUCAAAGGAAGGUGCACACGAGGUGGCUAUGAAGUUUAUGGAGAUGUCGAUGGCAACAAGAACCAAAAAGAUGAUGGAUCAAGAUACGUAUUACCAAACAAAAGAGCAAGUAGACAAACUGGCAGUUGAGAAUCUGGAGUUACAAGUUAAACGAUUUAUGUUUGAUUGUCUUGAAGGAAAGAUGUCCGAGUAUCAUUAUGGUGCAAAUGACCUUCACGAUUUGCAUCGCUAUAUUGAUCAAUAUAUCAAUCAGCUUACUCAAAGGAUGAAAAGUCUCGUAGAAAAUGGUGAGUCUUCUUCUUUCCCUCCUCUUCCUAUUGGAGUUGCGGAUAUAGAUCCUCAUGCUGUUGCAGAUUUUGCUGUUGAUGUGAAAACAGCCGCGAUAGGUGCUGCUAGAGAUUUUUGUGCUCAUAUUCCAUACCAAAAUAUGAAUAUGAAUCGAAAUCUGCAAGAACCGUUUCAAUAUCAUACUUCACGUAAUUUUUAUGGUCAUAUUCAAGAAGAAGUCUACAAUAACAUGACUUAG